UCUGCCUUCAGUUUUUGAGGUGUUGACAGCAUCUACAUCACGUGCAGACUCGGACAUCUCGGAUCUAAUCAACGACUGCUCCGAGCUUUCACUAUUGAUUUCCCCGAACCGUAGCACAUUUCAUUCACUGCACAUGCAUCGCCAUCAACCCAUGCCAAACCCCAGCAAUGCGCCUCAAGAUUUUGAACGGUGCUCCUCGGUGUGAGGAUCUUGAUUUCAGUCCUGCGUCCCUCCUUGAUGAGAAGACCGCAGCCAAACAAUUCGCGCGUCAAUUCGGCACAACAGAGAGCUUGUCCGACGUGAAAUGGCGUCGACUUGGUCCAAAGGAAGAACAACUACACACUGGAUGGUCCCAACCGUAUCUUCCUGCAAGUACGACUCAGAACUUUUCAUUUACCCUCCCCCAUAUCGAAGGCGUGACUCAACUUCCAUUGGACGAUACCUCUUACACAAACACCGAUCUUGAUCAUCCAUCACGUCUAGAUGACUUCGUGGAACAGUCGCUCGCAUUCCACGAUGCACUUUUGUCUUCUCAGGUUGUUGCCGACGCGGGAGCUGAUAGGACUGUGUCUUCAUCGUCUUUUCUCGACAACACCUCUUUUCUCGAGUCCAUGAACCCUACCGCUUCCGACCAUCUCGAGGAUACACAUGAUCAAAGGCCUGUCCUCCAUAUACCCUCGACAUUGACACUGACAACACUGGCUUCACUUCCUACCGCUAGCUAUCUCCGUUCCAUCUUUCCGCAAACUCCUACUGUGAACAUGAUGUGCGUGGUCACUAGAUCGCCUGAAAGCAAACAAGUCGUUGCAAAGAAAGGCAACUACAAAAUGACUCUUCAAGAAGUCAUUGUAGCCGACGAGACAAUGUCUGACUUCAAGAUUACUUUUUGGAACCGACCGUAUAGCAAAGACCCUUCUCAAACGGCUCUAGUCAGCACGCUCGCCCAGCUCAAAGUCGGCCAUGUAUUGCUUUUGCGCAAUAUUGCUCUAACUUCAUUCCGUGAAAGUGUCUAUGGUCAGUCGUUGCAUCCCUCGAUUGUCCACGCCAGAACUACCGUGGACAUUCUCGCCAAUGACAACGGUGUCUCGAGUCGUCAGAUCAGUGCUUUGCCCGCGCCCAUCAUCUCAACUCUUACGAGGCUGAGCCGGUGGGCAAAAAUACAUAUUGCGCCCGAUGUGGCACAGCUACCGCGAAAACGCAGAUACCAAGAUGGGUCCAAUAGCAAUAACGCGUCGUCAUCAGCCCGCAAAUACAAUAAACAAGACGAUAUGCUGCCACCCGACACCAUGGAGUCUGUUUGAAAACAAGUGUCAAAACAAUGCUAGCCACCCGGAUCAUCAGCAUCAACCAUGUUUUUCCCCACACUUUGCGGAUAGCAAUCGAUACACGUGCGAGCUGCCGGCAGUGCCAAACGGUAUGCUAUUCUUGACACUGUUGAUCCCAUCCAACUGACAUCAGCGGAAAUUUCAGUGGCUUUGUACGUGCACUGACAGUAAACGUCUUUCCCAUGGCUCACUCCUCCUAAAGUCGACCUCCAAGCAUGCACCCUACAGCAGCAACUGCAAGCAUUCAGUACAUUGAAGCUUUUCUUAGCCCCAGCUUCAAUGGUUCCCUUUUCAUCAAUCUGUUUGUC